GUUGAGGUUCAGCUAUCAAAUAGAUUCAUGUGAAAACUGAAAGGCAACGAAUCCGUUUGUCAGAAGUCCGUUUAAUACAUUUCAGGUCCGAAGACCCGAUGAUAUAAGAGGUACCAGAAAAUAAGUAAAAUCGAUUCAGUCCAGCUAAAUAAAGCCACGUCAAUCCCAGAAUUUGGAUAGAUAUUGGUUUACCAAGCCACCAGAUGCAGCCUCGUCGGCAAAACUUCGUUUAUCUCUGAUAAGAUAAGACGAUCUGUGCACUGACCACUGGGUGGAACCGAAGUCAACGCACAAUCUUGCUAGUAACUUUCUUGAAAAAAAAUUAAACCCAUUCAAAACUUCACAAAUUCAUCAACUUUCCGACCUUCUAAUCAUUUCGACAACUUCAACAACCACCACCAGUCGACAAAUACAAUCAUCAAAAUGGGUCGUCUUCACUCCAACGGAAAGGGAAUUUCGGAUUCCGCGCUCCCCUACUCGCGCGUUGCCCCCGCCUGGCUCAAGACCACUCCCGCUCAGGUCGAAGAGCAAAUCUGCAGACUCGCCCGAAAGGGUGCUACUCCUUCUCAGAUCGGUGUCGUUCUCCGUGACUCCCACGGAAUCGCCCAGGUCCGCAUUGUCACCGGUAACAAGAUCCUGCGAAUCCUUAAGUCCAAUGGCCUCGCUCCCGAGCUUCCUGAGGAUCUGUACAUGUUGAUCAAGAAGGCCGUCUCCGUCCGAAAGCACCUAGAGCGCAACCGCAAGGACAAGGACGCCAAGUUCCGUCUCAUUCUCAUCGAGUCGCGAAUCCACCGUCUCGCUCGUUACUACAAGACCGUCGGUGUUCUCCCUCCCACCUGGAAAUACGAGAGUGCCACUGCCAGCACCAUCGUCGCAUAAGCAUAAACUCUUGAAGGAUGUUUUGCAUGGAAUGCUAGGUCUGGUCACGGAGUUCGUGGAAACGGGAUUGCUUUUUUGGGCAGCCACAAAAGUGACGGAUGCUCGAUUCUUAUACAUAGUCGCAUCCAUGAGAUAGGCGAACAAUGAACACUCACAUGAGCUGAGAUCAUUACGAAUUAAAAA